CAUUUGAGUAGCGUUAAAAUUAGUUAUUUUUUCACCUUUACUCCCACGGGAAGCAAAAGGGCGGCGUCCUCUCAGCCCUAUUAAACGCACCGCCCUUACAAAUCCGUUAUGACUCCUCUGUACUGUACACUUUACAAUGUAAGCCCCAACCACGGGAAGACCAAACAGUCAGAACAUGAACAAAGCCCCGUUUUCAUUUAUAAGUAGCGCCACUCUCCCCCAUAAUGUUCUCCAAGGAAAAUACUCAAAGCUGUGAAACGUGGCGUUGGAAAUGGCAAACGCGCUCACACGUGCGCACGUGCUCGGCCCGACGCUGAUCAGUGCCGAUCUCGAAACCGAAACCGAAAUUCUCGAAGUUCAGGCUCCACACGAGAAUACCGAAGAACAAGCGAUUGAAAGCACCGCAUCGGUAGAUCGCAAAGAGCGAAAGAAGCAGAAUAAGCAAAAGACUGCCAUUGGCGCAUAUCCUGAUUCCGAAACCGAAGUCGAGCCUGAGGUUCUUGAGCCUCAACCUUCCGGCGACAGCGACAGCGACGAACAAGCGAUUGAAACCACCACACCUACAAGCCGCAAGGAGCGUCGCAAGCAGAAGAAGCGAAAGCCCACGACCGAGCUUCCCACCCCUCCAGACACCGACGCCGAGACCCGCGAAGCCUCGAAACCGCCCAACAACCCACCCAAAAAGAAGCACGACCUCGUCUCAUCCACGCCCUCCCCGUCCCUCACCCUCUCGAUGCCCCCGGGCAGUUCUGCGGCCCAAAAAGCCUACCCCCUGCUAAUCUGCUCCCUCGGCAACCCGGGCGCCACCUACGCACACACGCUGCACUCCGCCGGACACACGAUAACCUCGCACAUCACGACCGUGAAGUCGUACCGGCCCUUCGUGAAGGGACUCUCGGGCCUCGUGUCCCGGCCCGACAACACAACGUACUCCUUCGGGCUAUUCAAAGGCUACAAAAAGGAAGAUGCGCGCGGGCCGCCCGACGAAGACGACUGGACGUUCUGGCAGAGCACGUCGCUGAUGAACGUCAGCGGGCCGGGGGUGCGCAAAGCGUGGACGGAGUUCGCGCAGCAGAUGCGCGCGGAGGGGCUGGAUGCGCGGCUCGUCGUUGUGCAUGAUGAGCUGGAGGCGGCGCUGGGGAAGGUCAGCAUCAAGGAUGGGGAUGCGAGUGCGCGCGGGCAUAACGGGUUGAAGAGCUGUCAGGCGAGUCUUGGAGGAGUGAAGUGGUGGCGGAUUGGGGUGGGGAUUGGGCGGCCUGAGAGUAGGGAGCCGCAGGACGUGAGUCGGUAUGUGUUGCGGAAGAUGACGAGGGGGGAGAUGGGGGUUAUGGAGAAGGCGAGCUUGGGGGUUGUGAAGGCGCUGAGGAUAAUUGCGGAAGGGAGGAUGUAAGAUGAUUAGGAAUUGUAAGUUAGGCAAGAGUGGCUAGCAUAGCGUUUCGCUGCAUUUUUGGUGUUGGAACAAUCAUUGUGUUGGAAUACUUAUACCGCGGGAAAUAGGCGGCUUAGAAGCACGUUCUGGAUGAUACCCACCUCACGCGGCAUAGAUUUUUGUAGAAUCAAAAAGAUGUUGUAG